AUGGAGCGCCCCGUCCUCUUGGAGCCCCCCGACGGGGGCUGGGGCUGGCUGGUAGCCCUGGCAGUCUUCCUGGAGUCGGGGCUGAUUUUCGGGGUGAUCCGCUCCUUCGGGGUCUUCUUCGUGGAGUUUGUGGGGCACUUCGGGGAGCCGGCGGGGCGCGUGUCCUGGGUCACGUCCAUCACAAUAGCCAUCCUGCUGUUUGCUAGUCCGGUGGGCACGGCCCUCAGCACCCAGUAUGGCACGCGCCCCGUGGUGAUGGCCGGGGGCAUCCUCUUGGGGCUGGGCAUGUUCCUGGCGUCCUUCGCCACCAGCCUGACGCACCUGUACCUGAGCAUCGGGCUGCUCUCAGGCUUCGGUGGCGCGCUAGUCUUUGCCCCUUCAGUGGCCAUGCUUGCCCGUUACUUCAAACGACGCCGGGGGCUGGCCACCGCUGUGGCCUUCUCUGCACCUGGGUUGUCCUCGCUGGCCUUCUCCCCCCUCUUCCAGUUCCUGGUGGACUCCUAUGGCUGGCGUGGAGGGCUCAUGAUCGUGGCGGGCCUGACCUUCCACCUGGUGGCAUGUGGCACCCUCCUCCGCCCGCUGGCCCUGGCAGAGGACUUGGCUCUGGCACCAGCCCCACAGAGGUCGUGGCUGGCGAAGCUGUCCUCCCUGUUUGGCCUGGCUUUGCUCGCCAGUCGGCCUUUCCUGACCUUUGCUGUAGCUGGCCUGUUGAUGAAUUUGGGCUACCUUGUCCCCUUUGCCCACCUAGUGCCCCACGCCCGCGAGAUAGGCUUUGACGAAUACCAGGCUGCCUGCCUCGUGUCCGCGAUGGGUGCCACCGAUCUGUGUGGCCGCCUGGUGGCUGGCUGGCUGGAUGCCCGCAGGGCCUUCCGCCUCCUUCACAUCCUGACUCUCUGGAUCCUCCUGACGGGCGUCACGCUGCUCCUGGUUCCCUUUGGGCACACCUAUCCCAUCCUGAUGGGCAUUGACAUCUGCUAUGGGUUCUUAGCUGGUGCCGUUAUCCCACUGAAAUUCUCCAGCCUGGUGGAAAUCGUGGGGACUGGUCGGAUCUCAGAAGCUACUGGGCUCAUAAACCUACUGGAGAGUUUUGGGGCUCUGGCUGGCCCCCCGUUAUCUGGUUUCCUAAGGGAUGUGACUGGGAGCUACACAGUCUCUUUCAUAGCAUCUGGGACUUUCCUCAUGGCGGGGGGCCUGGUCCUCUUUACAGUGCCAAACUUUUGCUCCUGUUCCACUGCUUCUCCUCCCAAACAGUCAGGUGACCCAGAGGAUGCUGGGAAUUUAACCCACCAGAAUGGAGACCACCCCUGCACAAGGGAGCCCUGGGCGCUGAGCUCUGGGAACGGCCCAGGACAACGGUCCCCACUUAAAUCAGGACAACAACGUCCUAGAGAGGAGUGAGAUGAAGUGACAUUGGAAAUGGGGGAGGAGGGUAAUCAGAGCAGGCUAGAUUCUGAGCUUAGUUCCAGUGGUGUAAAUCCAGAGUAACUCCAGUUCAGUUAAUGGUGUAAAUCCAGAGUGGCUCCAGUUCGGACAAUGAUAUAAGGACCAGACUCUGAGCUCAGUGAUGCUAGUGUAAAUCCAGAGUUCAGUGUAACGGCCAGAUUCACAUCUCAGUUCCACUGGUGUAAAUCCAGUCAUUCCAGUUCAGUCAAUGGUGCAAAUUCAGAGUCACUCCCAAUCAAUAAAAGCCAUAAGGACCAGACUUUGAUCUCAAUUCCACCGGUGUAAAUCCAGAGUCGCUGCAAUGCAAAAAGGGCCAGAUAUUGAGCUCAGUACCACCAGUGUGAAUCCAGAGCCACUCCAAUUCACUCAAUGGUGUAAAUCCAGAGUCACUCCCAAUCAAUAAAAGCUAUAAGGACCAGACUUUGAUCUCAAUUCCACCGGUGUAAAUCCAGAGUCGCUGCAGUGCAAAAAGGGCCAGAUACUGAGCUCAAUACCACCUGUGUGAAU